UCAGCACGAUUAUUUGCAGCGAGACCGGGGGAUGAGAUGGCAGGGAUGGCCGAUCUCACCGUCUCCCUAUCCGUACUGGUGGGGAUUGUAGUUUUUAGCGAGGUGGCGAGGAGAACAGCGCUGUAUCUAUUCCCAAAGCGAAACUGGAUAAUUUACGUGCUGGAGUUGAUCUCCACUUUUCAGCUGUGCGCCUGCACGCACGAGUUAAAGCUGCUCGCGGAGGUGGGCGGACUGGAGCCGCAGAUCGGACUGACCCUCACGUUCCUCAUCUCGGUGGUCCACGGAUUUACAUUCCACGGCGCGAUCUGUACUCCGACCGGCGCUCUGGAGCAGGUCUGCCGCGGGACUCUGACCCGAGAAAGCGCACUGACGCGGAUCUCGUGCCAGCUGAUCGCGGCAGUGGUGGCGCGGAGCGUGAUGCCUCAUGUGUGGGCACUGGCGCUCUCUGACCUGCACACACAGCACUCACUGACGGGCUUUAAAUGCACAAACAGCCCCGUUAACGCGCCUCUGCUGUGGGCCGCCGCGGUGGAGCUGAGCUGCGCGUUUGUGCUGCACGCCGCGGUUUCUAACUUGGAGAAAGUGGAGGAGAAAUAUCAGGUUCCUGCGAUAGCUGCUGUCAUCACUGCACUAGUCUAUGCAGGUGGUCAUCUCACCGGCGCCGUGUUCAACCCAGCACUGGCGUUCUCAAUACAGUUCCCCUGUCCUGGAAACACUUUUGCAGAGUACACUUUUGUGUACUGGAUUGGACCAAUACUGGGUAUGACAGGCUCUCUGCUGCUUUUUGACAAAGCAGUCCCUGCUAUUUCAGGAAAACGCACAAUUUCGAAGAACUUGAACUCUAACAGACUUCAGAAGAAAAAGAUGAAGUGAAUUAAGGCCUUAUGACUGAUAUGAGAGACUGAUUACUCAUGCAUAUGUGAUUAUAUACUGUGAAUAUACACUGUAAUUAUCAAGCUCAUCUCAAAGUAAUACAGGUUUCUGCAGGUUUUAAAAUGUUUUAAUUCACCCUUUUAAGGUCUAGAACGUUCUUAAAUUCAUAGUCAUGGUAUUACUUGCAUACACUGGAAAAAUGAAUAUCUUCCUCAGUAUUUUGUGUUGUAUUUCUAUUACAAAUAUCUAAACAUCCUUAAAUCAAGAUGCAAACAUAAACAAACACCUGUCUAUGGGGAAUGAAACAUUUUCCUUUUGAAUCAAGUUGAGAUAUUGUUCUUAUUUUAAUCAUAAAUUCACUUAAUUUUGAUCAGUUUCUCAUUUUGCUUCUUAAGUAAAUGCAUCUUGAUUUAAAAAUCUUUAGACAUUUACACUAAUACAGCGCAUUAACAUUUAGAGAUUGAACUGAAGUACUGUGAUUUUUUAAAAGUCUUUAAGAAAUAUUUGUGUUCAUAAAACCUGCAGAAACCCUGAAUAACAAAGCUGAAAGGACCUUAAUUUGUUUUCUUUUUUUAGAAGGGUUUUGGUGAAAAAAUAUCUGUUUUUAUGCAUAUUCAUGAAGCACAAUGAUUCUGUAAUAGCAUACAGCUGCAGGUUUACAGCAACAUUCAUAAAAAGCACACAGCCAACUGUUACUGUUACUGUUUAACUUUUGUUAAAUCAUAUUUUAACACAUGAACAUUCCUGCAAUAAGAGACCUGAAGUGUACUGUUUACUGUACUGUUUUGCAUUACAUUCUACUAGCGAUGAUUCUUACCUAGUAAUAGGUAAAUGUUAUUGUAGUACUAGUAGUCUUAAGCACAGUUUUGCAGUGCCUUUGGAUUAUCCUGGGUAAAAUAACCUGGGUAGACCAGACCAGAUUGAGUGUUGCAUCUAUAAGCAAAUGCAGAAUGUGUAAUAUAGGAUAAUAAUACACUAAUAUCUUACGAGGAGUUAAAUGAAGCAGUGUUAAAAUCUGUUUGUAAUUAAACUUUACA